CUGUCCAUUUCUCUAUCCACCUCUCCAGCCAAAAUGGAGCAGGAUGGCGGAGACGAAAAGAAACAGACGCAGAAGAAGAAGGUGAAGGAGCUGAAGAUUCUCGACUCUAAGUCUUCACAGAACCUUUCCAUUUUUCUGGGAUCGUUCCGUAUCCCAUAUGAAGAGAUCAAGAACGCUAUCCUGGAGGUUAAUGAGAAGAUCCUCACAGAGUCCUUGGCUCAGAACCUGAUCAAACAACUGCCAGCGCCGGAGCAGCUGAGUGUCCUGGGAGAGAUGAAGGAUGAAUAUGAUGACUUGGCUGAGUCCGAACAGUUCGGAGUAGUGAUGUCCAGUGUAAAGCGGCUGACGCCACGGCUUCAGGCCAUCCUGUUCAAGCUGCAGUUUGAGGAGCACCUAAACAACAUCAAGCCAGACGUGGUGUCUGUGACGGCAGCCUGUGAGGAACUCAGGAAAAGCGAGACAUUCUCAAAGCUGCUUGAGAUCAUCCUCCUUGUUGGGAACUACAUGAAUGCUGGCUCCCGUAAUGGAAAAGCAUAUGGCUUCUCCAUAUCAUACCUCUGCAAGCUGCGUGACACCAAAUCAGCUGAUCUGAAGCAGACCCUGCUCCAUUUCCUCGCUGAUGUGUGCCAAGAGCAGUAUCCCGAAGUCAUGAGCUUUCCAGACGAGCUCAUCCAUGUGGAAAAGGCCAGCAGAGUGUCUGCAGAGACAGUUCAGAAGAACCUUGAGCAGAUGGGCCGUCAGAUCAAGAACCUGGAAAAAGAUCUGGAAACCUUCCCCCCUCCACAAAGUGACAAGGACCUUUUUGUGGAGAAGAUGUCCAGUUUUGUGAGUCUCGCCCAAGAGCAGUAUGAGAAGCUGGAUCUGCUGCAUAAGAAUAUGGAGAAGCAAUAUAACGACCUGGGAGACUACUUUGUCUUUGACCCGAGAAAGAUCUCCAUAGAGGAAUUCUUUGGCGACAUUAACACCUUUAAAAACAUGUUCCAGCAAGCAGUGAAGGAGAAUCAGAAGAGGAAAGAGGCUGAAGAGAAGAUCAAGAAGGCCAAACUGGCCAGGGAAAAGGCGGAGAAGGAGAAGGAGGAGAAACUCAAGAACCAGCUGCUUGACAUCAACGCAGAGGGUGAUGAAACGGGUAUCAUGGAUGGCCUUUUGGAGGCGCUGCAGUCUGGCGCUGCUUUCAGGAGAAAGAGAGGGCCACGCCAAGCAGCCAACCACAGACGAGCUGGUCAUGCAGUGACCAACAUCCUGGCCAAAGAGCUGAUGCAGGAAGACACGCCUUCAUUCAGCAAAGUGCCCACUAAGAAGAAAAAGACAGAGGAGAAGGACGAGCCUGAUCUAGGAGGAGCAGAGUCACUAGAGGAGUUACUGGAGGCUGCCACCCCUCGGUCCCAUUAGGCAACCGGGGCAAGAGGUUUUUUUACUCAGAGGUCAGUGAUAUCCAAACACAGAUGUAUUUCGUAGCCAUUCCAGGGGCCAAUAUCAAUCCGAGAUUACUUUACUGAAAAAAAAGGCAGAGACUCUCUGACCUUUGUCUUAACAGGACCAUCAUCAUUAGGGUAGCAUUGACUGCGUCUUCAAGGAGGACAGGGAGAGGCAGAGGAUGAGGUCUGGGCUCUCAUUUCAGCCAUGACCCCUCGAUGUCCCUCAUCAACCUUUGGAUCUUUGCCAAUGUCAUUAUUAAGAUUUAACUGCUUUCUUUUGCAUGUGCACAUAUCUGUUCAUGUAUUUGGUUUUCUACAUCACUUGAGUCACCUGUUAUUCAUUAAAGGGCAUCUUGAGCAACUUUAAAGGCUUACUCAGGAGGGAUCCACACUUCUUUUUUUUGUUGUUUGCGGUUAUUUCCAAAUCUUAAAUUUAGACUGGGAAUGUCUGGAAUUUAGCAUAUCCUGCAGGUGCUUCAGAGUUUUCUCUGGAUGUUCCAGGCCAAGACCACUUUGCGCUUUUUCACAUUGUCUUUUUUUUAAUCUAUGAAACAUAUUGCUUUGUAAUUGUCUGAUAUACUGUAUGUUACUGUUUGUAAAUGUUAAUCAUUUUGCUGUAUUAUUGAAAAACGUGCCAACCAAUUGAAAUCCAGUCUUUUCAUUUCACUCCCAGAUUUUGUCCAGUCACAGUUUGCACUGGCCUUGUGUGUGCAACAUCACCUGGUAGUUUCACUGUAUUUAGCUUUACUGAGAAGGGAUUUAGUUCACUGGUGUGCAUUCACAAGCUAAGCCAUGUUACCACAUGUGCCCACCACAGUUAUAUGAAGAAAGUCUGCUUACAUACGUGAACAUUCCCAUAAACCCCAGAGGGAAUAGAGUUACAUUGGAGGAGAAAGUUCCUCCACAGUUAGUUAUACCAUAAAACUUAAAGGGGUGUUUCCAUAUAAAAAAUACCUAGCCUGAGCAGUGUACAUGCCUGUGUGCAUAUAUAUAAAUAAAUAAUAUCUAAGUGUGUGACGCUACCUAUAUUUAGUUUUGUGCGCAUACAUCAACUUCUUAUAUGUUUGUGCUUGUAGGUUUGAGUUUGUGCGUGUAUGUUGCCAUCUGUAAUUACUGCAUGGUACCGACCAUGCUGUCAUAAAUGCUAGGUUUCAUAAACAGCUUUGUGGUCUUGCUGCCGACGAUAUAGCACUGGAAAAAUGCCCCAAAACUGCAGAGACAAGUAAGUGUGUGUUCAGUUAUCUGUGUGUGUGUGUGUGUGUGUGUGUGUGUGUGUGUGUGUGUGUGUGUGUCUGUGUUCACCCAUUUUCCCUCCCACUGAACUGCAGCAAUUCCUGAAUGUCUGGCCUUGCUCUUAUUUGUAUUCAGUAGCCAUCAGCAUACAUGUUGCCAUGAUGUUGUGCUGUAAUAUCUGACAGGAAUCCUGCCCGGUGAUGUCAGCUGCUCCAUGCAAUAUUUAUUCCUAUGCAAAUACAAUACUGUAGCCAUCCCCAGCAUGUAGUUACUAUUCUUUAUUAAUCCACUGAUUCAAGAUUAGUGCUUCAUAUAGCUGGUGAUUGAGAAAAUUUUCAUUUUAAUCCAGUAACAGAAUAAUUAGGUGCAAAUACUGCUGCGUGUGCUGUCAAGCACAACAUAUAUCAUAGACCAACUGCUGUUGAAUGUUACACGAUAUUCUGCCCAUCUCUUCAGGUGGACCGUGCCAGGUGAUUCUGUGAGAUACUAAAAAUGGUUUUCAACUUUAAGGAGAAAGAUUAUAAAAGGAUAUCAAAACAUCACUGGAAUAUUUUUUGUUUUCUAAUUCGAGUCAUUCCUUUUGUUAAGUAAUUUUUUAAAGAGAUUAUUUUCUAUGUGAAUUUUUAUGGUUGAUUAUUUUAAUGUAUUUGAAUGGAGACAUUUUGUUUUUUUGGUGAUUGCUCUAUGUAUACAGAAUAAUGCACAUAGUCAAUCUGUUUGCUACACAGAACUAUUAAAAAUGUCUUAAUUAAUUUAA